AUGGGCAGAGCCGCCGAGGACCCGAGCGCCUCGGCCGCCCGCCCGCCACCGCCGGGAAGGCGGCGGGGAGGAGGGGACUCGGCUUGGCGGGAGGAGGCCGGCCGAGGGCGGCCGCAGCGCUCCGGCCGUUCUCUCGCAUCGGCGGGGAGGGGCAGCCGGGCUGGGCCGCGCUCCUUCGGAGCCGGCAAGGGGCUUCCCGACCCGGGGCCUCGGAGCCGGGUCCCCACCGGGCCGCUCCGCUUGGCCCAGCCAUUGCCCGGGUCACCGCGGCUCCUGCGGCUUUCCCCAGGUGUUUUCUGUCAUCCGCUCGCACCUGGGCCGCGGCCGUUUUGCACACCCCGUUCCCACUACCUUACAAAGAAAGGUCUCCUCUGCCUUACGGGUGUUUCGGCCUGCGGUCAUCGCAGCAAGCCUUUGCUGUGGGGCUUAUUCGCUCUCACCCGGCAGAACAACCCCUUUCUCCUGCUUCUUAACACUUCUUCUACAGCCAGAUGCAGAGAGGAGAAGUAUGAUUAUUACAGCCUGCCAAAAACCUCCGUUGUGAUAGCUUUUUAUAAUGAGGCUUGGUCAACACUUCUGCGAACUGUUCAUAGUGUUCUUGAGACAUCUCCAGAUAUACUUUUGGAAGAAAUUAUCCUUGUAGAUGAUUACAGUGACAAAGAACAUUUAAAGGAAAGUUUGGAAAACUAUGUGGCUGGCUUACGCAAGGUGCGUCUUAUCCGCGCAAAUAAGCGAGAGGGGCUGGUUCGAGCCCGGCUGCUGGGGGCAUCCGUGGCGAAAGGAGACAUCCUGACAUUCCUGGACUGCCACUGCGAAUGCCACGAGGGCUGGCUGGAGCCGCUGCUGGCAAGGAUUGCGGAAGAAGAAUCAGCUGUCGUCUGCCCUGUUAUUGAUGUUAUUGACUGGAAUACAUUCGAGUACUUGGGAAAUGCUGGUGAGCCACAGAUUGGUGGAUUUGACUGGCGGCUGGUCUUCACUUGGCAUAGUACCCCUGAAAGAGAACAAAAACGGAGGAAGUCCAAGACCGAUGUGAUCAGGUCUCCGACCAUGGCAGGUGGAUUGUUUUCUGUGAGCAAGAAGUAUUUUGAUUAUCUUGGUUCAUAUGACACAGGAAUGGAAGUCUGGGGAGGAGAAAACCUUGAAUUCUCAUUUAGGAUAUGGCAGUGUGGAGGAAGUCUCGAGAUCCACCCUUGCUCCCAUGUAGGUCACGUUUUCCCCAAACAAGCUCCGUACUCACGCUCCAAAGCUUUGGCAAACAGUGUGCGUGCAGCUGAAGUGUGGAUGGAUGAAUAUAAAGAACUUUAUUACCACCGAAACCCACACGCUCGCCUGGAACCAUACGGAGAUGUGACAGAAAGGAGACUCCUUCGAGAAAAGCUGAAAUGUAAGGACUUCAAAUGGUUCUUGGAGAACGUCUACCCAGAGCUUCAUGUACCCGAGGACAGACCAGGCUUCUUUGGAAUGCUGAAGAAUAGAGGAAUGGCAAACUUCUGUUUUGAUUAUAACCCUACAAAUGAACAUCAAGUAACUGGACACAGGAUCAUACUGUACCCAUGUCACGGCAUGGGACAAAAUCAGUUUUUCGAGUACACAUCCCAUAAUGAAAUACGUUACAACACCCGACAGCCAGAAGUCUGUGCAGCAGUCGAUUCAGGGACCGACUACUUGACAAUGUACUUGUGUCAAGAAAAUGUCCAUAAUAUUCCUGAAAACCAGAAGUUCAUUUUCAGAGAGGAUGGUACCCUGUUUCAUCUACAGACUCAAAAGUGCGUACAAGCCGAGUCAAAUGCUUACGAUGGUAACCCAGCACCAUUGUUACGACCAUGUACGAACUCAGACUACCAAAAGUGGUUCUUCAAAGAAAGAAGUUGA